AUGACAAGUUCAUCCUCAAUUAAAGUUUUACUAGUCACAAAGACACGGGGCUACCGACAUGAUUGUAUCCCCAGCACUAUCUCUGCCUUCAAAGAACUUCCGUUCACUGUGACAGCCACCGAAGACACAACCGAGCUAUUCUCACUCUCCAACUAUAAUGUCGUUGCCCUCGGCCACAACACGGGUGAUUAUCUAAGUGAACAAGAAGUCAAUUCUCUAACCGAGUUUGUUCACAAUGGCGGUGGUGUUGUUGGUAUUCACGCUGCCACAUGUGGUAUGUCUUCGAGUACUGAAUAUACCAAUAUUCUUGGACAAGUCUUCAAUGGACAUCCGCCGCCGGAAUGGAUAACUCUCGAGAUGGAGAAUACUGGUCAUUUCAUUAAUAAAUGCGACAACCUUCCUGGAACGGAUGCCGCACCAGACUCAGUUCCAACAUGUCCGCUCAACAUAGAUUCACUUUCAGUAAACGAAUUCCCAUGGUUUGAUGAAGUGUACACUUUCAACUCUCAUCCUCGAGUGGCCGACAAAAACCGUGAGAUUCUUCUCUCCGUGCAUCAAACAACCAUCAAAAACGAUGAAAGGCAGAGUUUCCCGCUAUCAUGGACUCAAACCGUUGGAAUGGGAAGGGCUUAUUACACAGCGCUUGGUCAUUUUGAUGAAGCAUAUCGCAAUUCGUGGUAUAUGCAAACAAUUAGCCGGGCCAUUGUAUGGGCUGCCAAGCAAGACCAGUAA